AUGAAUAGCUCUGGGGCGGCACCAAACCACGUUGGAGCAGCAUGCGGCUCACAGUACAUACUACUGGACUUUGUCGUAGCUCAGGGCUACGGGUGCAUACAGCGCUUGCGCACAGGACCACAGGGUCUGGACUACCCAUCAUUCCCUACUAGCGGCGAGGAAACAUGGGGCAGAUUAGCGGCGACAAGGACUUCCAUAACCAUCAUCUCUGAUCCGACGGAGCAUGUUGCACUGGACGGAGAGGAGCUAUCAGGGACUUUGAAUGAUAAGACUAUCGAGACGUGCUCUGCAGUGCGCUCAGAGUCAGCUGCGCGUGGCGGAGUCUCGAAGUCUUGGCAACGCCAUCUUGGUCACUGGACAUGCUCGACGCUCCCGAAAUGCCCUAUAUCAGUGUCGGUGGCACAAGUCGGCCUCAGAUUCAGAUGA